GUUGCACGAGGUUUUAGUGCAAUUAAUGACCUAUAAUAAAAAUAGUUUAGAUGUUAUUUCAAUGCUGAAUAAUCAUGAAAAUGAAUUUCUACAUCCGUGUGAGCUUCAUAUAUACAAAGAAAUAAUGAAAAUAGCAGCUGAACACUCACUACUUUAUGAGUUUUGUCGGAAAUAUCAAUAUAGAGCAGAAAAUGAAAAUAAUUCAGAGUUUGAACUACCUAAAGGACUAUUUUUACAAGCUAUAUGCAGAGGAGUGGAUUUGGCAUUAGCUCCUUAUCGCCAAGAAGUUGUAGAAUUGGAAAAACAUGCUUUAAUGAACCCAAAAAUGACCCUUCUGAUGGUUUUAUCUAAGAUGAGUCCAUAUAAAGAGCUGCUUCAUAUUUUGAAAUAUAUUGUAUCAAGUAUUUAUGAAAAACGACUUCAUGGAUGCCAAAUUUUGCAUUUAGUUUAUUGUGAACUUUUAACAGGAUCUGAAAUUGAAGGAAGAGCAGUUAGAAUAGUUUUUCAAGAAGUGCAGAAAAUUUUAUACAAGCUUCUAGCAUAUUGGUUAUUUAAUGGUGAAUUAAAUGAUACAUACAAAGAAUUUUUUAUAGAAAAAGUAAAUUUAAUGGAGGUUUCCCUCAUUCGACCGAAUGUAGAUGAUAGUUCAGAGACAACACUUUUUGAAAAUACAAAUUCAUUAGAAACUCAAAACUCAGAAUAUCAAAUAAAUACAAGAAUGCUUCCAAAGUAUAUGCCUGAAAGUUUAGCAGCUAAUAUAUUAUUUAUAGGGCGUACUAUAUCAAUGUUUAAAUCAGAUCCUAGACAAGAUAAAACAAAUGUUUGGGGAGACGUUGAAAAGAAUUAUUAUAAAAAAUUAGCUUCGAUACAAGAAAGGAAUGAUUUUAAUAUUUCUACUUUGGAAAGCACUAUUAUUGAAAUAAAAACUUUUGUAUCACAGCAUUUAUUUCAACUUGUGGUGGAAGAUGCAGAUUUAUUAAAACAUCUCACUUAUAUAAAGAAUUAUUAUUUUCUUGGAAGGGGAGAAUUAUUUCUUGAAUUCAUAAAGUUAGGCACAAAAAUUUUAAAUGAAUUUCCUUGGAAAAAUCCUACUGGUACUAGAGAUAUCAAUGUCACAUUUAUUUUAGCCGCCAGAAAUAUGUUUAUAGGUGAUGAAGUUGAUUUAUUUCGAUUUAUUUUACCGUUUGAAAAGCAAGAAGAUUCAACAUUAGAACACAAUUAUUUGCCAAUUCUUCCAAAUGAUGUGAUUGAUGGAUGGUCCACAUUAUCACUAGAAUAUAAAGUGAAAUGGCCUUUACAUUUAUUAUUCACACCAGCUGUUAUGGAUAGAUAUAAUAUUAUUUUUAGAUUUUUAUUGAAAGUGAAAAAAACGCAGUAUGAGUUGCAUCAUGUCUGGAUUGGACAAAGAAGUGAAUCACACUUAUAUAGUAAUCCAAAAGUUUGGCAACUAAGGCAUCAAUUAAUAUUUUUGAUUGAACAUCUUCAAUAUUAUUUGCAUGUAGAUGUUGUUGAAAGUCAAAUGAGUAUUUUACUAAAUACUAUUAAAAAUACAAGAGAUUUUGAUGCUAUUCAAAGGGCUCAUUCAAUAUUCCAGAGUAAUGUUAUGAGCCAGUGCUUUCUUCUCAUAGGAUCAUCGAUCAUAGGACCAUCUACAACAGAUGAAACUGACACCGAAGUAGACAAUCCAGUCCAUCAAAUAAUGAAUAAAGUUUUUGAAUCUUGCAAUCGCUUCUGCAUGGAGGCUCCAAAGUGGAGUGCAAAGGGAAUAAUGGAUGAAUCAGAUUUGAAGGAUCUCGAAAAUAUUAAUACUUGCUUUGCAAUUCUAAUGGCUGCUCUUCUGAAACUUCUGUCAGCACUGAAAUCACAACCUUGUGGAACUCAUCUAUCUCAAUUAUUAUUAAGACUAGACUUUAAUCGAUGGUUUAGUGUAUUGAAACACACUUCUGACCCCACCCCCAAUGAUUAUGAUUCUUUUGAAAUUUAA